AGAAGAAAUGAAAAACAAAACAAAUGCAUUUCUACUGCAUUUUACAUACAUUUGUCUGCACUUUGGUUUAUACCUGUUAUUUAUGAAAUAAAAAUAAAUGAAAUUAAACUAAUAAUAUGAUCCAAAACAUCAAAAAAUAACAAAAACACACAUUCAGUAUAAUACGUGACAUUUAUAUAAUAGUUAAAAUAUAAAAUAUACAUAAAAAUAUAUAGAAUAGUGUAAAGUACUAUUAUGAAGCCAAUAUCUCAAGACGACUGGUCUUUGGGUCAAACGUGGCCUCCAUGAACAUAGAAGCUACUGUCCACUCCACUAUCCAGGGCUGUAGAUCUGAUGAGUGUGGCCCAUUUCUGGGUCAGUGAACAAUAUGUCAUACCCAUGUACUCAAUAGGAGACAAUGAGGACAGGUCACAGCUUUCAAAUUCCCACAAACACAAUACUUACAGCGCAGCAACUGCAGGACUCACAGAGCGCCAUCAAUGUAAGUAACCUAUAGUUGUGGGAUUUUUAAAAAUCGAGGCAUAUUGUAUUUAAAAAUAUUUAUUCUAUAGGGGGCCAAUGAAGGGGGAACUAGACAUGUACAACAUUCUUUACAAUGAUCUGCAGUGAGCUAUAAGAGGCAGAGGAGGAUGAGUUGAUGAGCUGGGAUUCUGAGUUUGUUAAAACAUGAAAGAAGUCAGUCUUACAAAUGUAUGUUUUCUUAUUUAAUCUGAAAAUCAAGCUUGUUACUUUUGCAACAUCUGAUUAAUAAUGUAAUGUAUAUAUAUAUAUAUCUUUAUAUAUAUGUAUACAUAUACAUAUACAUCACUAGAACACUGAAAGUAAAGAGAAGAACAUAGUACUGCAAGUAUACAUGUAUUUAUUUUAUUUAACUUUUUUUUUUGAGAAUUUGGAGUUGAAUAAAGAUAUUCACCUGUCAGACAGCAUGAAGUCGCCCUACUUCCCUGCCAGGUCUGUGCUGUUCCACAAACAGCCCAGUGGAGUGACGUACAGAGUCCCGGCGCUGCUCUACCUGCCACGCUUCAGAUGGUUUUUGGCCUUCUGUGAGGAGAGACUCAGCCCGUCUGACUCUGAGGCUCACCUGCUGGUCAUGAGGAAAGGAACCUUCUACAGAAACUAUGUCGAGGUCAGAGGUCAUGUCUGUCUGUCUGUCUGUCUGUCUAUCUAUCUCUCUCCUCACCCUCCCUCACCUCUGAUGUUCCAGUGGGACGACAUGCGUGUCCUGGGUACUGCAGUGUUGACAGGUCACAGGUCCAUGAACCCGUGUCCAGUGUACGACGAGUUCACAGGAACUCUCUUCUUGUUCUUCAUCUCCGUCCUGGGCCACACCUCAGAGACCUAUCAGCUGGUGACCGGCAGGAACGUGACUCGACUGUGCUACAUCUGCAGCACUGAUGGGGGAGACACCUGGACUGAUGUCACUGACCUCACAGAGAGAGUCAUAGGAGACAAGGUCAAAGAAUGGGCCACCUUUGCCCUGGGUCCAGGUCAUGGUAUCCAGCUGAAGUCCGGCCGCCUGCUCAUCCCUGCCUACGCCUAUCACAUUGAGUGCAGAGAAUGUUUUGGACAGCUCUGCCUGACCACACCACGUGCAUUCUGCUUCCUCAGUGACACCCACGGCAGGAGCUGGAGGUUCGGGGAGGCGGUGCCAGGCCCGGAGAGCGUGGAGUGUCAGAUGGUGUCUGUGGACCAAGAAGACGGGCGGAAUCUGUUGUACUGUAACGCUCGCAGUCGCCUGGGCUACAGGGUUCAGGCUCUUAGUCUGGACGAUGGAGCCGUGUUUCAGGAGGGGCAGCCGGUGCCGCGGUUGGUCGAGCCCCCAAAUGGUUGCCAUGGUAGCAUUGUUGGAUUUCCUGCUCCCUUGUAUCUGCACCGGAGUCCUGAAGGAUCAGUGGACUGCUCCAGACACUGGACAGCUUUCAGCGACCUCGGUCCAUUCUUCACUAAAACUCCAGACACUCUUCCUGUUUCACCCAGUCGCUCCUCUUCUCCAGAUUUCCUCACCCCCACCUGGGUCUUAUACUCUCACCCGACAUGGACCACUGCACGCAGAGACCUGGGUGUGUUUCUCAGCUUAUUCCCUCGUGACCCAGACAGUUGGCACGGGCCUUGGGUGAUCUACGAGGGGCCCAGUGCCUACUCCGACCUGGCCUACGUGGAGCUGCCGUCGUCAGACGGAGCGGCUCCUCCCGCGGACGGAGCGGCUCCUGCCGUGGCCUUCGCCUGCUUGUUUGAAUGUGGGAGUAAAACGGCCUACGAUGAAAUCUGCUUCAGUGUCUUCACUCUCUACGAGCUGGUGGAUAAUCUGCCUCAGGGCUCUCAGCUGGGAAAGGAUAGAAGGGCAGAGACGGAGGUCUCAGAGAGAGAUCAGAGCAGCGGAGGUGACGCCCGACGGUUGUCAAAGUCACAACAGAUGCCUCAUGUGAAGAAGAGGAGGAAGAAGAGCAGGCUCCCUGGGAUGGGCUGUGCGUGUUUUUAAAAUCAUUGCAUCAUAACUAUCACGACUGCAGCAGUCUUAUGUCUCUGUGUUUGUCCUGUGACUGCCUGCUGACCUGGCUAGGGUGUGUCCGACCUGUCGUCUCUCGACCUCUGACCUUUAUCAAGAUGAAGCAGUGAAAGAUAAAUUACCGUACGUGGAGCAUAAACACCUGCUCUGCUAUGUUGGUGUCAAUUCUUUGUUUUGUACAGGAGUUUGGAUCCUUUCUAGGUCUAAUUUAUUAUUUUAUAUAAUUACCUUCACCUCCUUCUGGUUCUUUAUUCACUGUCUGUUUUGGCCAACUUUUAGUAUUACUUGAUUGCUUUGUUUGAUGCAGUGUUUCACAUCAUUUAACUUUUUUAGUAUUUUAUUCAUGUAUUUUUGAAAAAUAUGUUUGCAUUGCAUUAAACAAAAGCGUUCAUUGAGCAGAAAAUAAAAUCUUUCAAA